UACACACCUACGGGCGCCUUAUUUGGCCACUGCGUUACUGUAAUAAAACUCGUGGAUAUUGGUGUAAAUGGAAUUAAGACAGCACUUAUUACUAUAAAAUUUGCUACCAAAUACCACAUACUGUAUUGAAGGGAAUAUAGUUCUAUUUUUGUCCGUGGGACAAACUAUAUUUCGACCCAUCUGACACUUUUAUCAGGUUGCAUUGUCUGCCGAACAUUAUAAAGUACUAUAAAUGGAACAAAUGAAUUUUUUCCCAGCACCUUUUUCACUAGGAACAAGCGAUAUGACGGUUACAGAUGUUUUACCAGCACAUGUCGAUGUAUGCCCCCAGGAUGUCGAAAAGUCCAUUGUGAGCUGUCAAAUCGGUAAUGUACUUUACAGUAGCAAGUUAAAGUCUCCUUUGAGGGAUUCUAAUUAUGCUACUAUAAUUUACAACAAACGAACAAAAAGCGUUGAAGUUAUUCACAAAAAGCCGGAGUUCCUUGAGCCUUGUUUUGAUGAUGACGUAAUUGAAGUCCCAAAUUCAGUGAAAGCUGAUAGAGCUACUCUCAUCAAUGCUUUCGGUUCUGUCAAAAAACAACGUGCUUUACGUGAAAUGGAAAGAAAUCAAACUCAAAAGAAUUCGGUGACCAAUGCUCAAGUGAUCGAUCGAGCUAUGCAUGGUCAAACCAAAUUAAAACAUGAUAACGAAGCCAAUUCGAAUAAUCCUGACAAUGAAAUGGAUUGUUCUAACUCUCAAACCGAUGAACGUCUCCGCCUACUUCCACCAAUAGUCUUGAAAGCUUCUUGUCCUGCGGAUGUUUAUCCUUAUGAAAAAUUAGUUCCUCCUAGAAUUUCAGAAGCCUUAAAUUCGGAGGUACAAAGUAUUAUAUCCGCUGAUGUCAAUUCGAUUGAUACUCUAAUAAAUAAGAGUAUUUACCCGCAGUGGAUAAGGAAUAAGCUGUAUAACUUGUGUACAACUAAGUCUGAAGGUUAUACAAAACAUGUUACUGGUUUGGUGUUUCUCAGUCACAUGUUUGCUUUGUUUCACUUGCCUAACCGAGACUUGAUGCGCAAGGUUCCACUUCCAGAUACACCAAAUACUGUUAACAAAUAUCUUCUUACUCAGUUUACAGCAUCAGUUAGUCGGAAUGGUAUGGGACGUCUAAAAGUACGCGCAAUGUCACCAAUGCUUCGUGACAAAUUGAUUACGCACAUGUUAGUCCUGAUACUUCAUUGUGACAAUUUCAAGACGAUAGUUGAUAGUUUGACUGUAGACUUCAAAAUCGGACGUGAAAGGUUAACUCAAUUUUUCCAAUAUUUGGGAUGUAAAUGUUCAAAGGUUGAAAAUACUCAAAACAAAUCUGAAAUGAACAUGGUAGCUGAACUGGUGACACCCGUAAGAUUACCGGAUCUCAAGUCAAAUAGAACACCACAUUGAUUUUAGCAAAACAAUUGGCGACUGUACAUAAAGUUGUUCUUUUGUUAAA